ACACACUGCUUUACUACAGUCUCACACGGCUGUACCACAUUUUACUGCCUUUAUACACGUCAGUGACUUUUUUGUCCAAAACAUAAAAAGUCUAUGGUGACACCAUGUAAAAAGUUGCAGACAAAAUUUUCCAAUCACCAAAGAAGGAAAGAAAAAACUAUACGCUGAAUAUUGUUUAAAGUUUCUAAAUGUAUGGAGUUUUUGGUUGCUUUUUUUCUUUUUUCUUUUUUCUUGGUCUUUUUUGUGACCCCACUGCGGUUGUCAUCAUCAGCACCAGAGCAACCAGUCCUGGCACCCUCGUAAAAGAAAUUCCACUGGCCGUGAGUGAGCUACAUUAAACCGACCUGUUACUGGGCAGUCUACGCCUCCACCUGAAGAGAAACAAGACAGCUUCAUUUUAGUGGAGCCGCAGCUGAAAUGGACUUGCCUGCUGCUGAGUCACCAGCACAUCGUGAGGAGAAGAGGCCAGUCAGCUGUAAGUUUGUGGAGCUCCAUGUGCUCUAUGUUCCCAAUGACCAGUGGAACGUGAAGCUGAAUAAAGUCCCUGUAGAAGCCAUCCACAGUUUUGUAUCAGGUGGCUUCAUCAGACUUUAUCCAGAUGUCACUUUGAAAUCUUUGAGGAGCAAGCUAAGUGCUCUUCUGGGAGGCUCAAUGGGCUCUAUGGACAAGUUCUUCUUUCUGAAAUGUGUGGGCCACAGUUUGGCGUUGGUCAAAACUAAGCAAGAACGGGAUGUGAAAGUGAAAACAUUUGCUCCUCCAUACGCUCCACAGCCAGAGCUUUACUUGCUGCGUGUUGCUGACAGUAACGGCAGUGUCCACUCGCAGUCCCUCACUCCAGACAGCAGCAGCUCCUCUGACCAAAACUCAUAUUACCCCUACAAGACCAGCCCUCAACUUACAGAGUCCAAAGAGCUGGUUAAACUCCCCCACAUCACCAACAGCUCACACCAGGUGCCGCUUACUGCUGGUGUGGAGGAUGACAAUCAUGAAGAGGAGGAGCAGGGCUACAGUUCAUCUGAGGCAGAGAGCGCAGAAAAAACCUUCACCAGCAAACUUAACUGGGUCAAGAUGGAGAGUUGUCCACGCAAGUCUCACCCACAGUGUUCAGCCGUGAAUAAUAUUUUACAAGAAUGCAAGGCAGAUUCAGCGUCCCCAUCUCUGCUGACACCAAAAGGCCGAACAUGCAGAAAGACAAAACUAUGCAACAUUGGAAGCCAAAUGGCCCAAGAAUCAGGAGUGGAUGAGAUUUUCAACGACAGACACUCAGACUCAAUCAAAAACUGGCAUGGGAAACCGAAAGAGUCAUGUGCAAUAAACAACAAGAGCAUGAAAAAUAAUAAGGUGGUGGACAGUCCAGCAGUGUCAUCUCAGUCACUUCAGCGCACUUCAAUAAUUAAAGCUCAAAAUGAAUGUUCAGAUAAAGAUGUUGAGUCUCCAUCCUUUAGGACAAACAAACAGGAACUGGUAGAAGAAAUCAAAAUGGUGCGUGAGGAGAGAAAGCAGCUUGAAUGGAUGAGACAAGAGCUGCUCCGAAAAGGUAAAGAUUUGCUGGCGCAAAACAGACAUCGGAGGAACCAAGCACGUGAUAGUUGGAAAAAGAAAUAUUUUGAAACAAAAAAAGCCACAGCUCCACUGGAGGAAAGCCUGAGAAAUGUGCGACAAGAUCUGGAAACAUUUUACAGUAAACUUCUGCAUCAGCUCCAUGCCAGGGAGAAUAGAGCCAACCCCAAAAGACAGGGCAGGACCUCAGUCAAGAAUGAACUUAUAAUACAAAUAAUGACUGAAAGCUAUGAGACUGAGGAUCUAAAGAGGAAAGUUGAAGAUGCCAAGAUGAAACUGCUAACAGAAAUUAAGUUGAGGAAACAAGCUGCUACAGAACUGAGAUCCCUAAAAGCAGAACUGGCCCAAAAGAAGAAUCAGUCAUCUCCACCGCGGACUGUGGCCUACUUGGGCUUUGGAAAUACCCCAACCCCACGAAACAGAGCACACAAAUACAGCUCAUCUGUUCAAAUGUAGACGGAGGUGCAGUUAUUUUGUAUAGAUUUCUAUUAAAAUGGAAAAGAGACUAUCACUGUCUCUGUUGGGUUAUUGUCUGAAAAACAACUUUUGAACAAAAGGCUUCUUUAUUUCAGCUGACACAAAGGAAUGUUUAAAAGUGAAACUGAUUGAAACUAAGGCAGAAGCUGUAAAAUCUGAAGUACCCGUCAGUGCAUUCACGUAUCCCUCAUUAGUGCAACAAAGGGCUCGCUCAGCUGUGAAUAAAAUCUUGGAGGGGUUAGUAUAGGGUACCACAGCUAGCAUCCUAAAAGGACAUUCCACAUUUUAGCAGUCUGCUGCUGAGCAACCGGAUUACUGCUGUAGUCCAGGAUGUUGCCGUUCCACAUGCCAAUGCCCCUCAAACCCUUGGACAUCACUGCAUUUGCUUUUGGGCAAAGACUCUCUGGGUCAUCGUACCAGACCUGGUGGAUCUGUCCAAUAUUAUCCUACAAUAGAAGAAAAGCUGGAAUAAGAGACAAUGCCAAGUAGAAUGCCAUACAAACCAGAUAUCAUUUCUAAUUUGAAACAAUGUAAAAUAGGUUUGCAUAUACCAUGUAAUUAAAGUAUGGGGCCUUUUGCUUGCUGUCCCAUAGCCGGCCAGUCAGUGAACUGUUCACUUGCUUCAUAAUCCAGCUGUAAGGCUUUUGUGUACCUGCGGCAUCACUGCAUGGAGCUCCACGGAAAGGAACUUUCUCUAUGGAACAGAUGCCCUCCUAAAAUAACAUCCAAUAGAUACUAAUUAGUAUUAGUUUUCAAUCCAAUUUAUUUUUGUAAAGACUCAAAUCACAACAGUUGACCUUUAGGGCUUAACAAGAUCAUUGAUUUAACCAACAGAUAGUUAGAAAAUCCAACUGUGAAACAGACAUUGGUAAGUAACAGACAAGCAGAUUAACCAACAUUCAUUUUGAUUAAAGUCACGGCAUGGAGGAGGAACAAAGGAGCAAGAAUAAAUAUAAUAGUUUUACCUGAGACAGACUGAGACAAGAGUAGUCAUAUCCAUACCAUGGUAUACCCAUCACAAUCUUUUUAGGAUCUAUUUUCAACUUCAAAAACUGAUCAUAACCUUUGGGAAAUU